GCGCUGGGAAGGAGGGCGGGAGGGAAAGGAGGGAGGGGGGAGGCGGCCGGUGCCCGAUCCAAGAUGGCGGUGCAGGAAUCAGCCGCUCAGCUCUCAAUGACUCUGAAGGUGCAGGAGUACCCCACUCUCAAGGUGCCGUAUGAAACCCUGAACAAACGAUUCCGGGCUGCCCAGAAGAACAUUGACCGCGAGACCAGCCACGUCAGCAUGGUGGUGGCCGAGCUGGAGAAGACGCUCAGCAGCUGUCCCGCCGUGGACUCUGUUGUCAGUCUGCUGGAUGGGGUUGUUGAGAAGCUCAGCGUUCUGAAACGCAAGGCCGUGGAGUCCAUCCAGGCCGAAGAUGAGAGCGCCAAGCUGUGCAAGCGCAGGAUCGAGCACCUGAAGGAGCACAGCAGUGACCAGCCCGCCGCCGCCAACAUGUGGAAGAAGAAGCGCAUGGACCGCAUGAUGGUGGAGCAUCUGCUGCGCUGCGGCUACUACAACACAGCUGUCAAACUGGCCAGGCAGAGCGGCAUCGAGGAUUUGGUAAAUAUUGAGAUGUUUUUGACUGCUAAAGAAGUGGAAGAGUCAUUGGAAAGACAAGAGACUAUGACUUGUUUGGCUUGGUGUCAUGACAACAAAUCCAGACUCAGAAAAAUGAAGGGGUGCCAAACUGAGCUGAAGAUGGGAUGCAAAAGUCAAUGGGGCAGUGAUUGUUCUAGAGAAAAUGGAGGUCUUGUUAUGGAAACCAUUAAAGGACAACCAGAAUUGAGCUGUCUGGAGUUCAGCCUCAGGAUUCAGGAGUUCAUUGAACUCAUUCGACAGAACAAGAGACUGGAUGCUGUGAGACAUGCAAGAAAGCACUUCAGUCAGGCUGAGGGCAGCCAGCUGGAUGAGGUUCGACAGGUGAUGGGGAUGUUGGCCUUUCCUUCAGACACCCACAUCUCUCCCUAUAAGGAUCUCUUGGACCCUGCUCGAUGGAGAAUGCUGAUCCAACAGUUCAGAUAUGAUAACUACAGACUACAUCAGCUGGGAAACAAUUCUGUUUUUACUAUAACACUCCAGGCAGGCCUUUCAGCUAUAAAAACACCGCAGUGCUACAAAGAGGACGGCAGCUCCAAGAACCCCGACUGCCCCGUGUGCAGCAAAUCCCUGAACAAGCUGGCACAGCCCCUGCCCAUGGCGCACUGCGCCAACUCGCGGCUGGUCUGCAAGAUCUCGGGGGACGUGAUGAACGAGAACAACCCUCCCAUGAUGCUCCCCAAUGGAUACGUCUAUGGCUACAACUCUCUGCUUUCUAUCCGUCAAGAUGACAAAGUAAUUUGCCCAAGAACCAAAGAAGUCUUCAACUUCUCACAAGCUGAGAAAGUGUACAUCAUGUAGGUGUGUGCGCCACAGGAUGAAGUGCCCGGGAUUUUGACACAGAGUAUCUUGGCGUGCCCUGCAAAGGGGGGGCCUUAAUGUGUGGCAAAGAAGCAAAAGCUGCCACCUGGGGAGCAGACCUGUCGUGGCAUUAUUGUUUCUUGCGACCAAAGAUCAAUGAGCAACAAUAAACACUCUUGAAAGGAGGAAAAAAAAAAAAAAAGGAAGAGAGGAAUUAUGACUUAAGUUUGUACUUGAAUAAAAUACACAAAAACAAAUUUUGAUUGUUAAGGUUUUGUAACAUAAGGUCAAAAAUUGGACUCUUCUCAAAGAAAAGUACUUUCAUCUUCUAAAGGAUAGCUUUCUUUAAAGAUGGACACUUGCACUGGGGGAAAACUUAGACCAGAUUUGAAAUGAAAUCCAUUUUUCUUCCCUCUUUUUCACAAUUGUCCAAGACCCUUUUGUUAUCAAAGAUCUCAGUACUACCAACGUGUUCUCCUUUAAGCUCCUCUUUGCCUUCUUUGUGAUCCUCUGGUGAAGUAAUCCUGAACGUGAAUGAUGUAACUUAUUUCCAUGGGAAGAUAUUUUUGAUGUCUUUGACACGAGGUGGCUUCUCUGGAGGAUCAGAUAGGGACUGCUUUCAAGGAGUAUGAAGUCUUUUUCCAAACCCAAAUAUUUUAAGGAGGUUGCAUAAGUAUCAAGAAGAACUGAGAACAUUUCAGGCAAAAUCCAAUGCUUGUUUAAAUGUUCUUUUUCCAGUCUACCAUAGUGUUAAAGUCCUUCUAAAGUUAUUAGUUAUGUGCAUAGGGUUCAAUAUGAAAUCAUUAGUGCUACUGCCUUAUUUCUUGCUUUGAGAAUGUACUCACAUGACAAUGAGCUGGUAUUCUUAAGUGUUGGGCGAAGUUUCUGAAGAUGCCUUGCAGGAUGAUUACAUAAUUUUAGGGUCUAAAUAGUAUUCAUUACUGAAACUAAUAGUUCAAUUUUAACAACUGCAGAACACAUCCUUAUGACUUUUCAAAAGAAUUAAACCAUUGUAGUUUAAACAGAACCAUAUUGUAGAGGUUUGUAUUUAGCGCUUAUUUUUGCAUGUUGAUGUUGAUUAGCUAAUAAAAGAUUGUAAAUGUAAGACAUGUUAA